CUUCCAACUUGAUGGACUCUUGUCUGCACUCGCCCAGGAAUGCCGUCGGAGGAGUUUGUGCGUGGGAUGUUGUAUUUAUCCCUGACUGUGGUGGGCAUCCCUGGCAACACCGCCAUCGUCGUGGCCUUCCUCUCUGUCUUGCACCGGGACAAGCGCCUCCUCGCCGCUGAUGCCAUUGUGCUGCACUUGUCUUGCGUCAACCUGGUGGUUGUGGCCGUGCGUUGCCUGCUGGAGACGCUGGCGUCCCUCCGCCUGGCCGACAUCUUCAGCGAGGCCGCCUGCAAGGGUGUCAUCUUCGUCUACCGGACGUCCCGCUCGCUCUCCAUCUGGCUCACCUUCGUCCUCAGCGCCUACCAGUGCCUGAGCAUCGCCCCUCCCGGGUCACGCUGGGCAUCCUUCCGAUCUUUGCUGGGCCGCUACUUGUGGGUGGUGUUCCUGGCCCUCUGGCUGAUCAACACGUGCAUGACCUCGGCCGCCGUUCUCUUCUCCCUCAGCGCCAAGAACGUGUCGCUGUCCGCCAACCACGGCAUCAAUGUGCAGUUCUGCUACGUCAACUUCCCCUCCAAGCUCUCCAAAGAGGCCAACGGGGCAGCGCAGGUGGGCAGAGACGUGGUGCCCAUGAUGCUCAUGACGCUCGCCAGCCUCAUCAUCCUGCAUUUCCUUUACAAGCACAGCCAGCAGCUCAAGGGCCUUCGUGGCGCAGGCGGAGGAAGAGGCGGCGGCUGCAGCUCGGAGCGACGGGCAGCCAAAGCCGUGGUGGCCCUGGUGACUUUGUACGUGGUCCUCUACGGCGUGGACAACGGAAUCUGGGUGUACACCCUCACAGUGAGAAAAACCAUGAGCAAGUCGCUUUUUUCCGACCUGCGUAUAUUCUUCUCCUCGCUGUACUGCGCGCUGAGCCCGGUCGUCAUCAUCGCGUCCAACAGGAAGGUGAACGGCCGACUUCGGUGCGCCGUGCAGUCCAAAGUCAUCAAGGAGGGAGCGACCACUCUUUCCACUCUCUAGUGACCAGAAUUUUGUACAAACUUAAAACUAAUAUAGUUCAAUUAUAACGUUGCAUAAAUCAAAUUAAGAAUGACUACCAAGGUCACUUCUCAAAAGUAAACCUAGCUUAGAACACAGACGUCAUAAUGCCAUCAAAGCUCACCUUUAAACAUUCACACCCAGCCCAAACAAGGAUGAGGCGAAAGGUAAAAAUAUAUCUAUUUCUGGCAGUAUGGGAGGGGGGACUUACGUGCAAGUUUUACUUUUGCAUCUAAAUGCCCAUAACUGGGCCCUCAAUUAAAGUUAGAAACAGACUUUUCUAGUUUCAAAGACAGGGGUGGACUUAACUCCUAUAGGAGAUGCACUAAUAAUAAUGUAAUUAAAAUAAAAAUGUUAAUCUAUUUGUGGAAGCAUGGGGGGAACUUACAUGCAAGUUUUGCUUUUGCAUCUAAAUGCCCAUAACUGUGAUGCUGUCAUGUCUGUGUAAUCAUGUUUUGUUUUAGUCAUGUUUUGUUUUGUUUCGUUAUUGGACUCUUUAGUUUCUGGCUUUUCACUCCCUUGUCUUGUUUCCAUGUUUACCCAUUAGUUUCACCUGUUCCACGUUUGGACUCAUUGUGCACUCUUGUUUGUCACCAUAGCAACCCAUUCGUUUUCACCUGUCACGUCACACACCUGUUUCACGUUUUGAGUCACGCACCUGUUUUCGUUAAUCAUGUCUGUAGUAUUUAAGUUCAUUGUUUUCAGUUUGUCUUUCUGGUGACAUCCCGGAUUCAUACCCCUGUCACACUUUUACCUCUGCGCACUUCAUAGUCCAUGCCAAGUAAGUUUUUUUGUUUAUUAAUGCCACAGUUAGUGUUUUUGUUUAAUUGUUCACAGUUUUUUGCCCACGUGCAAGUAUUUUUGUUUCGUUAGUCAAGUUUGUACAUCCGCCUUGAGCGCGCUUUUUGUUCCUUUGAGUGUUAUAAAUAAAUAUGUAUUCACCUUCACGCCAUGACCAGUCCAGCUUUACUUGCAUCUCGGGAAAACAAACACACCAUAGUCCACGUCUUGACAGAGAGCUUCGCCGCCUGACGCGCCACGCCGAGCUUCGCCGAGCUUCGCCGCCUGACUCACCACGCCGAGCUUCCACGCCUGCCACGAUGACGACGCGCCUACCUUCUCGUCAGCCACGGAUAUGGCCGCUACCUAGUCGUCCGCCACGCCAAGUGCGCCCACCUCCUCGUCGGCCACGGAUGUGGCCCGUCCCGGGUCGCCCACCUCACCUGCUGCAGCGGCGUUCCACUCGCCGCCGCCACAUGACUAUGCCUCGGUGGAUUCAGGGCCACUUGGUCUGGCGACCCACCGCCAUGUCCCCCUCCCGCCCUCCCAUGACUGUUGUUAAUUUUAUUUCUUUUGGACAUCUGGGAUCCGUCCGUAAGGUGGGGUUCUGUCAUGUCUGUGUAAUCAUGUUUUGUUUUAGUCAUGUUUUGUUUUGUUUAGUUAUUGGACUCUUUAGUUUCUGGCUUUUCAUUCCCUUGUCUUGUUUCCAUGUUUACCCAUUAGUUUCACCUGUUCCACAUUUGGACUCAUUGUGCACUCUUGUUUGUCACCAUAGCAACCCAUUAGUUUUCACCUGUCACGUCACGCACCUGUUUCACGUUUUGAGUCACGCACCUGUUUUCGUUAAUCAUGUCUGUAGUAUUUAAGUUCAUUGUUUUCAGUUUGUCUUUCUGGUGACAUUCCGGAUUCAUACCCCUGUCACACUUUUACCUCUGCGCACUUCAUAGUCCAUGCCAAGUAAGUUUUUUGUUUAUUAAUGCCACAGUUAGUGUUUUUGUUUAUUAAUGCCACAGUUAGUGUUUUUGUUUAAUUGUUCACAGUUUUUUGCCCACGUGCAAGUAUUUUUGUUUCGUUAGUCAAGUUUGUACAUCCGCCUUGAGCGCGCUUUUUGUUCCUUUGAGUGUUAUAAAUAAAUAUGUAUUCACCUUCA